GUGAGGCAAUUGGAACAAAGGUUCCGUGACUUGGCACGAUUCAUCCCAGAAUACUCAUUGGAUGAAAAUCGUAUGGCCAAUCACUUUUGGGAUGCUCUACAGUUGGACAUCCGUGACCGGGCUACUUACCAUCACAGUAUGACAUUUAGUCAAAUCGUUGAUCAGGGGCUCCUCGGGGAAGCCCAAUGGAACGAGAGGAAGUUGAGGGACGCCGAGGAGGCGAAGAAAGGAAUAUGGGGAAACGCUGGACCCCAAGACCACUCCCGGAAGCAUCAUGCUGGGGGUGGCAGUUCAUUCAGGGCGCCGGCACCACCGGCGAAAAGGAAUAAAGGCUCAGGAGGGCAAGGGGCCAAACCAGGGAGUACAUGGUCACCGAGGUGUGCAAACUGCGGCAAGAAUCAUGCGGGGAAGUGCAAUGAACCACCCCGGUGUUACAAAUGCGGUAGCACGAGCCACCUCAAAUCCUCUUGUCCAAUGCUGAACGGGGGAGGACCAUCGGGAGCCAUGGGAGGACCUACGACUAGUAGGGGACGUGCGGGGCCGUCUCAGACCGGCACGGGAAGGAGCGGACCCACGGCUAGCAAUGCCGCGUCCGUUAACCAAGGGAGGACCCAAGCACGGGUGUAUGCAAUGACCGAGGCUGAUGCUCGAGCCAACCCGGACUCCAUUGCAGUUUCAGGUAGAACUUGAAGGUUGCUACCAUUGCCCGUUGCUUUGGGAGGAUCAAGGGAAGAAGACGUGGUUCGUGCUUCUUCCGUUCUGUUUUAAAAACAAUUACGUUAAUGCUCAUGGAUACUAUUUUCUGAAUAAUUACUUUGGGGGCUUGUAUGCCUAGUUAUGCCAAGUGUGACUUGAACAAUUGUACUAAUGCUUCCGCUGUUUUAAAUGCAUUUUUUACAUUAUGUUUGUUUAUGGAUGUACUAUGUGUGAAUGAUAUUCAUGACGCCUUGUAUAGUAUGGAUGAGUUGGACUGCGGUUGACUAUUCGUACUGUACGGCGGGUUGUUGAC